AUGACCGAUACUCAAUUUAAUAAAGAUGAACAGUUGAACGUUAUCGAUAAUCAGGUUGAUAAUUUGUCUGACGAAGAUUCAAAUCAUACUCAUCAUGUAAAAGAGAUGAAAAGUGAAGUAAAAAACGAUCUCGAUUCUAAAGAAAAAACAACUAUAUCAAAAUUGACAUCUGUUGAAGAUAUUUUAAAUGUAGAUGUGUUCGAUGAUUUCAUUUUGCAGAAUUUCACUCCUUUUUCAGAAAAAACUGACGUUGUACAGUGGUUUGAUGAAACAGAAGAUAAAUUCAAACAAUUCCGUAUGGGUACAAAUGCUCGUUACAAGGCUAUAUCAUUCCUAACUACAGGAGACGGUAAACGAAAAUAUGUGAAACAUCGUAAAGAGAUACAAUCUUUUGACGAUUUCUAUGAGUUUUUAUUAGCAGAAUUGGACUCUCUUUCUGAUGCAACUUAUACAACAAAACGUUCACAUAGUGUAACGUUUUUGACAGAUAAUCUUAAGAAUUCAACUCGAAUUGAGCCUGAACUCAUUCCAAAACCUUCAACUGCUAAUAAUGACAUUUCAACUGUGUCCUUUCAGCGAUCAAUAGCUAAUGACAGUACAGCAAUGGUUCACAGAGACAUUGCCAAUUCUUUUAACGGCAGACCUUCUGUCUUAUCAACUACAAGUUCUAGUCAUUCUUCCACAAUGGAUCUCGAUCAGAACCUUAAUGAUCUUCGUAGAGCUAUUGUACAAGAUUUGAUUAAGAAUCCAAAAGUAUUUAAAGGUGGUAAAGACAAUGUAAAAAAUGGAUAG